CGCGGGCGGUUGGCCCCGCCCCCGCUCGUGCGUGCUGCGUGGUGCGCGGCGGCGUGCGCGGCGGCGUGCGUCGUGCGGCGGGCGCGGGGGGCGCAGGCGCGGUGGCGGCCGUGGCGGGCGGCAGCAUGAGCGUGGAGGCGUACGGGCCCAGCUCGCAGACGCUCACCUUCCUGGACGCCGAGGAGGCCGAGCUGCUGGGCGCCGACACGCAGGGCUCCGACUUCGAGUUCACCGACUUCACGCUCCCCAGCCAGACGCAGACGCCGCCCGGCGGGCCCGGCGCGGGGGGGGCGCCGCUCGACGCGCAGGUGGGGGUCCCUGAGGAUGGCCUGCAGAACGGGGCUGCGGACGACGGCGUGCCCAAGACCAGCCAGCUGCUGGCGGAGCUCAACUUCGAGGAGGAUGAGGAGGACACCUACUACACCAAGGACCUGCCGGCGCACGCCUGCAGCUACUGCGGCAUCCACGACCCGGCCUGCGUGGUUUACUGCAACACCAGCAAGAAGUGGUUCUGCAAUGGGCGCGGGAACACCUCCGGGAGUCACAUCGUGAACCACCUGGUGCGCGCCAAGUGCAAGGAGGUGACGCUGCACAAGGACGGGCCCCUGGGCGAGACGGUGCUGGAGUGCUACAACUGCGGCUGCAGAAACGUCUUCCUGCUGGGCUUCAUCCCCGCCAAGGCCGACUCCGUGGUCGUGCUGCUCUGCCGGCAGCCGUGCGCCAGCCAGAGCAGCCUGAAGGACAUCAACUGGGACAGCUCGCAGUGGCAGCCGCUCAUCCAGGACCGCUGCUUCCUGUCCUGGCUCGUCAAGAUCCCCUCGGAGCAGGAGCAGCUGCGCGCCCGGCAGAUCACGGCCCAGCAGAUCAACAAGCUGGAGGAGCUCUGGAAGGAGAACCCGUCAGCCACGCUGGAGGACCUGGAGAAGCCGGGCGUGGACGAGGAGCCCCAGCAUGUGCUGCUGCGCUACGAGGAUGCCUACCAGUACCAGAACAUCUUCGGGCCCCUCGUCAAGCUGGAGGCCGACUAUGACAAGAAGCUCAAGGAGUCCCAGACUCAGGACAACAUCACCGUGCGCUGGGACCUGGGCCUGAACAAGAAGCGGAUUGCCUACUUCACGCUGCCCAAGACGGACUCUGGUGAGGGGCCGGGACCUCUGCCUGGGGUCCCGCCGGGCCUGCCCCCGCGCCCCCGCCCGCCUCACCCCUCCCCUCCCUUCCCAGAUAUGCGGCUGAUGCAGGGUGACGAGAUCUGCCUGCGCUACAAGGGUGACCUGGCCCCGCUCUGGAAAGGCAUCGGCCACGUCAUCAAGGUCCCCGACAACUACGGCGACGAGAUCGCCAUCGAGCUCCGCAGCGGCGUGGGGGCCCCCGUGGAGGUGACCCACAACUUCCAGGUGGACUUCGUGUGGAAGUCCACGUCCUUCGACAGGAUGCAGAGCGCCCUCAAGACCUUCGCGGUGGACGAGACCUCGGUGUCGGGCUACAUCUACCACAAGCUGCUGGGCCACGAGGUGGAGGACGUCAUCAUCAAGUGCCAGCUGCCCAAGCGCUUCACCGCCCAGGGGCUGCCCGACCUCAACCACUCGCAGGUGUACGCCGUCAAGACCGUGCUGCAGAGACCCCUCAGCCUCAUCCAGGGCCCCCCGGGCACCGGAAAGACCGUCACCUCCGCCACCAUCGUGUACCACCUGGCGCGGCAGGGCAACGGGCCGGUGCUGGUGUGUGCGCCCAGCAACAUCGCGGUGGACCAGCUGACGGAGAAGAUCCACCAGACGGGGCUCAAGGUCGUGCGUCUGUGCGCCAAGAGCCGCGAGGCCAUCGACUCGCCUGUGUCCUUCUUGGCGCUGCACAACCAGAUCCGCAACAUGGACAGCAUGCCCGAGCUGCAGAAGCUGCAGCAGCUCAAGGACGAGACCGGCGAGCUGUCCUCCGCCGACGAGAAGCGCUACCGCGCCCUCAAGCGCACGGCCGAGCGCGAGCUGCUCAUGAACGCCGACGUCAUCUGCUGCACCUGCGUGGGGGCGGGCGACCCCCGGCUGGCCAAGAUGCAGUUCCGCUCCAUCCUCAUCGACGAGAGCACGCAGGCCACCGAGCCUGAGUGCAUGGUGCCUGUGGUGCUGGGCGCCAAGCAGCUGAUCCUGGUCGGCGACCACUGCCAGCUGGGCCCGGUCGUGAUGUGCAAGAAGGCGGCCAAGGCGGGGCUGUCGCAGUCGCUGUUUGAGCGUCUGGUGGUCCUGGGCAUCCGGCCCAUCCGCCUGCAGGUGCAGUACCGCAUGCACCCUGCCCUCAGCGCCUUCCCCUCCAACAUCUUCUACGAGGGCUCGCUGCAGAAUGGCGUCACCGCAGCCGACCGAGUGAAGAAGGGCUUCGACUUCCAGUGGCCGCAGCCGGACAAGCCUAUGUUCUUCUACGUGACGCAGGGCCAGGAGGAGAUCGCCAGCUCGGGCACCUCCUACCUCAACAGGACGGAGGCCGCCAAUGUGGAGAAGAUCACCACCAAGCUGCUCAAGGCGGGCGCCAAGCCCGACCAGAUUGGCAUCAUCACACCCUACGAGGGCCAGCGCUCCUACCUGGUGCAGUACAUGCAGUUCAGCGGCUCCUUGCACACCAAGCUCUACCAGGAGGUGGAGAUCGCCAGUGUGGACGCCUUCCAGGGCCGAGAGAAGGACUUCAUCAUCCUGUCGUGUGUGCGCGCCAACGAGCACCAGGGCAUCGGCUUCCUCAACGACCCGCGGCGCCUCAACGUGGCCCUGACGCGCGCCAGGUACGGCGUGAUCAUCGUGGGCAACCCCAAGGCCCUGUCUAAGCAGCCGCUGUGGAACCACCUGCUCAACUACUACAAGGAGCAGAAGGUGCUGGUGGAGGGGCCGCUCAACAACCUGCGGGAGAGCCUCAUGCAGUUCAGCAAGCCGCGCAAGCUGGUCAACACCAUCAACCCCGGCGCCCGCUUCAUGACCACGGCCAUGUACGACGCCCGCGAGGCCAUCAUCCCGGGCUCCGUGUACGACCGCAGCAGCCAGGGCCGCCCGUCCAGCCUGUACUUCCAGACGCACGACCAGUUGGGCGUGAUCAGCGCGGGACCUGGCCACGUGGCCGCCAUGAACAUCCCCAUCCCCUUCAACCUGGUCAUGCCGCCCAUGCCGCCGCCCGGCUACUUCGGCCAGGCCAACGGGCCGGCCGCCGGCCGCGGCGCCCCGAAGGGCAAGGCGGGCCGGGGUUGCCGGCAGAAGAGCCGCUUCGGGCCGCCGGGCCCGGGUCCGAGCGCGCUGCCCGGUGGCCAGGCCAGCCAGGACGCGGCUUCGCAGCCGUUCUCACAGGGCGCGCUGACGCAGGGCUACAUCUCCAUGAGCCAGCCCUCACAGAUGAGCCAGGCCGGCCUGUCGCAGCCCGAGCUCUCGCAGGACAGCUACCUGGGUGACGAGUUCAAGUCCCAGAUCGACGUGGCGCUGUCGCAGGACUCCACGUACCAGGGGGAGCGCGCCUAUCAGCACGGAGGGGUCGCAGGCCUGUCUCAGUACUAGAGGAGGCGAGGACCAGCCGGGAGCCCCAGAGCCGCUGGCCACCGGCCAGGCCCCGUUUUCGCCGCCGGAGGAGCAGGAGCCGGAGGAGCAGGAGCCCGAGCCGGCCACAGGAGCAGGAGCCGCCCGCCGCGGGGCGUGAGAAGCUGCCCGCCCUGCCCUCCCGGGGCAGCGCCCAGCCAGCGAGAGGGCCGCCGUCCGGCCUCCCCUGAGAACGCGGUGUUGGGUCUCUGUUCGUCCCCUUCCACUGAGGCGCCGCGACCUGCCGCCCGCCCGUCCGCCUCCCGGAGGCCCGGGCAGGAGCUUCAGGGGCGCCACUGCCAGCUUGGGCCCCGCGGGCCGCCGCCCACACCCACCCGGCUGCCCAGAAUGCUCUGCGCCGCCUGUCCGCCCACCCGCCCGCCCGCUGUGUCCCUUCUCAUUUCUGGUCCUUUUGUUUUAAGCUUUUUCGUCACCAAUAAAAUCUUAAUAAACGGC